CUGCAAAAACACAGAAUGAAUCUUCACGUUGCGCUCCUCUGUGUUUUCUUGGCAUCAACGGUGGUAGGCAAACCACAAAUUUCUUUUGGGGAGGAAGAAGAAGAAGGACUUGUCAAUCCAGAAGGACCAGCAGCUUCACAGGGUGCAGAUGUCGACGAUGAAUUAAUUCAAACCCGAUUGGGCCUUCUUGCUGGUUACCUUAACCUGGAACCCGUGCCCGGUGCAGUACCUCUAGGCGAACAAAAGAAAGAUCCCAGUUUGAAACCGAAUCCUUACGUUCCCGAAGCAGAUGCGACGUCUGAAAAACAGGCCGGCCGGUGCUUGUGCGUCCCUGUAGGAAAGUGUGCGAGCCCAGUUCCGAGUGUUCCACUUCCACCACCAGGAUCAGGACCUCUACCUCCUCCGCCCAUUCCUGGACAUAACUUACCACCAUCUCCUGUUCCUCAAACUAACGCACCUGUCAAUACGGACGGUGCCGGCCUAAUCGACGUUCGCAUCGUUAACAGGCCUCCUGCAGGUGUCCGGUGUCAAAAUAAUUUCCAGUAUUGUUGCGCCGGAAACAAUGCGUUCCCCGUGGCACCACCAGUUCCGGUCCAAGGAGGUUGCGGCCGACCAAACAUCAUCCCAACUCCAGGCUACAAUUUAGACGAUACCCAGGCGAGAUUCGGUGAAUUCCCAUGGAUGGUUGUCAUUUUGGGCCCGACCAAUAACUACGUUGGAGGUGGUGUGUUGGUCAGUCCUCGGCACGUUGUGACCGCUGCACACAAAGUGGCUAACUUCGGAAAUGGAGUUGGUCUUAAAGUUCGAUUGGGCGAAUGGGACGCUAAAGCUAAUGUUGAGCCUCUGAAAUACGUUGAGCUGGGCGUCAGCCGAGUCAAGGUGAAUCCGUUUUUCAACCGGGCGAAUUUGCAGAACGACAUCGCCGUGUUGACGUUAGAAUCACCAGUAAACUUGGCUUCAACUCCUCACAUCAAUCCCGUCUGCCCAGCAAAUUUCCAAGCAAACUACGUCGGUCGAAGAUGUUUGGUUGCCGGAUGGGGCAAAGACGCAUUUGGUCCACCAGGCAAUUUCCAAUAUAUUUUGAAGAAAGUUGAUGUCCCAGUUCUUGAUUCCAACGAUUGCGAACAACGUCUCCGACGGACUCGUCUUGGACCGUUCUUCCAGCUGAGCCGCUCCAGUUUCGUAUGUGCAGGAGGUGAAGCUGGCAAAGAUGCAUGCACGGGAGACGGUGGCUCCCCGCUCGUUUGCGACGUGAACGGAAGGUUUGAAUUGGUAGGACUUGUGGCUUGGGGAAUCGGAUGCGCCGAACAAAGCUUACCGGGUGUCUACGUUAAUGUACGAAGCUACGCUGAUUGGUUGAAUUCCGAGCUCGUGUAAACCUCUGACAUCGACAGCCGUUCACCUAUACUUGUUAUUUUGUCUUCACAAUUUCUACGUACCCUCGUGGUUGGUCCUGCUUAUUUUCGCUGUAUCUUUCUCUUGAAAAUGGGAUAAUA